UGGGCGAGGGGCGGGGCGGCCGCAUGUCCCCCCGCGGGAGCUGAUCCCGGCCCGGCCGCGGCCCGGGGGCGAUGCCUCAGGAGGGCGAGCUGCCCCCGGCCAAGAGACUGAAGCUGGCGCCGCCUCCCCGCAGAGCCAUGCAGCUGGCGCCGCCCGGAGCCAAGCGCCCGCCGCCGGCUCCCAGCGCCGGGGAGACCCAGCGCAGGAGCCUCCCCAUCUUCCAGGCACGGGGGCCGCUGCUCAGCCAGCUCCGGAGCCUGGACAGCGCCAUCCUCAUCGGGGAAACAGGCUCAGGGAAGACGACUCAGAUCCCACAGUACCUCUAUGAAGCAGGAAUCGGCCGCCAAGGCAUCAUUGCGGUGACCCAGCCUCGUAGAGUAGCUGCUAUAUCCUUAGCUACUAGAGUCUCGGAUGAGAAGAAAACAGAGCUGGGAAAACUGGUCGGCUACACAGUGCGCUUUGAAGAUUUCACCUCCGAAGAGACGCGAAUCAAGUUCCUAACGGAUGGGAUGCUUCUCCGCGAAGCCAUUGGCGAUCCCCUGCUGCGCAAAUACAGUGUCGUCAUUCUGGAUGAAGCUCAUGAGAGGACAAUACACACAGACGUGCUCUUUGGGGUGGUGAAAGCGGCGCUAAAGAAACGGAAGGAUUUGGGCAAAUUCCCACUCAAAGUGGUGAUCAUGUCAGCUACUAUGGAUGUAGACCAGUUCUCUCAGUACUUCAACGGAGCCCCAGUUCUCUAUCUAGAAGGUCGGCAACAUCCAAUCCAGAUCUUUUACACCAAACAGUCUCAGAGUGAUUACCUCCAAGCAGCACUGGUGUCGGUCUUCCAAAUCCAUCAGGAAGCACCUUCUUCUCAGGACAUCCUGGUGUUUCUAACUGGUCAGGAAGAGAUCGAAGCGAUGACCAAAACCUGCCGAGACAUCGCCAAGCAGCUUCCCGAUGGCUGCCCCCAGAUGGUGGUGAUGCCCCUCUAUGCUUCGCUGCCAUACACACAGCAGCUCCGAGUCUUUCAGGCUGCACCCAAGGGCUAUCGCAAAGUGAUCCUUUCAACCAACAUUGCGGAAACCUCCAUCACCAUUGCGGGAAUAAAAUACGUUGUGGACACAGGCAUGGUUAAAGCAAAGAAGUUCAGCCCUGAGAGUGGCCUGGAGGUGUUGGCUGUGCAGCGGGUGUCAAAGGCCCAGGCAUGGCAGCGUACAGGGCGAGCGGGACGAGAGGACAGUGGAAUCUGUUACCGGCUCUACACAGAGGAUGAGUUCGAGAAGUUUGAUAAAAUGACGAUACCUGAGAUACAGAGGUGUAACCUGGCCAGUGUGAUGCUACAGCUCCUGGCUCUGAGAAUUCCCAACGUUCUCACCUUCGACUUUAUGUCCAAGCCAUCCCCAGAUGCCAUCCAGGCAGCCAUUGAGCAACUGGAUCUGCUGGGGGCUGUGGACCGGAAGGAGGAUCAGGUUAUUCUGACCCCACUGGGAAGGAAGAUGGCAGCAUUUCCUCUGGAACCCAAAUUCUCUAAAACUAUCCUCAUGUCCCCCAAGUUCCACUGCACGGAGGAGAUCCUGACCAUCGUGUCCCUGCUUUCGGUGGACAGCAUCCUCUACAACCCCCCGUCCCGGCGAGAUGAAGUGCAGUCUGUCCGGAAGAAGUUCAUUUCCAGCGAGGGGGAUCACCUCACCCUGCUCAACGUAUACAGAGCCUUUAAAAAUGUCAGCGGCAAUAAGGAAUGGUGCAGAGAGAACUUUGUGAACAACAGGAACAUGAUGCUGGUGUCGGACGUCAGAGCUCAGCUCAGGGACAUUUGCCUAAAGCUAUCAUUACCGAUUGAGUCCUCCCGAUCAGACACGGGGAAUAUCCGCCGCUGCCUAGCUCACAGCCUCUUCAUGAACACUGCAGAGUUGCAGCCGGAUGGCACCUAUGCCACUGUAGACUCCCACCAGCUGGUGGCAAUCCAUCCCUCCUCCGUCCUCUUCCACUGCAAGCCAGCCUGCGUAAUGUACAACGAGCUGCUUCACACCAACAAGUGCUACAUGAGGGACCUGUGUGUAGUGGAUGCAGAUUGGCUGUAUGAUGCUGCACCCGACUACUUCCGCAGGAAGCUAAGAGCAGCCAAGAACUGACCCACCCUUGGUGCCACCAAGCUAACUGUGGGGGAUUCCUAGGGUCAUGGGAUCAGAUUUUUGUAAGGAAUGUACAGGAACAAUAGAGCUUUGCCUUGCCAAUCCGGUAGGACUGUACAGGAAAUGGCUUCUCCGCAAGAGCCAUACCUCAUGCACUGUUGCUGCACUGGCUUAGAACAAUCAUCUUUUAUGACAGUUAAUAGAUAAGAGGGAAAUAGUAUGUUUGUGAAUAUAUAUAUAUGUAUAUAUUUGGGAACUGGGGGUGAUGGUCUUGGAUUUCAGUUUUUAAAACAGAAGUAUAAUGGGGUUGUGUAUGAAGAAAUGAGAGUCCCAAGGGGAUUCUUCUGAGCAGAUCUGGUAUUUUUUGACAAUUGCCCUUGUAUCCCUCGCAGGUUUUAUCAGCAAAAAGUUUUAAAUCUUUAUGUAUAAUUAUAUUAACAGGACAAAAAUACCUUUUUUAAAUGUACAUUUUUCGGAGGGAGGUGCUAAUGUAUUUUACCUCAUCAGACAUCUUUCUGCCUGAUGUCACUUUCAUCACCUUGUUUGACCCAUUUGAAAGCCAGUAAAGAGUUAUCUGAAUUGACAGCUCUUCAUCACCUGUGCCUGUUUGUUAGACAAAUCUUGCAGGGCUGAUAGAGGUGAAGUGCCAUUAAGAGAGGAUGAUCAGUAGCAGAGAGACUGCAGGCAUGUCUUUCAAAUGCUUUGUUAGUUUCUCAUUCCUGCAUCACCAGCCCAGCUGUGUCUUUUUAAACAAAAUUCAUCUCCAUCAUCCAGUUGGUUUUCAUGUAGCUGUGUAGCGAACCGGGUGCCAUGCAAGUAAAAUGUUUCCAGGGCUGCCCCUGUAUGGCCACACCAAAGUGCCAGUAUUCCUAUGGAAUGCUGGCACUUCACCACAGAAGUCGAUGUCAGCUCUGAAGAGGUUAGUUCUUCUAGGCUGGUAGGAGGCCAAUCUCUGAACCUUAGACACACAGUUUUUCUUGAAUACGGAUGCAGAAUCUGAAGCCAGUUGCAAAGCCAAACUAGGGAAAGCAAUGGAUUGGCACUUAGUCCUCCUAAGUCUAUGUUUAUCUGUAGCGCUCUGUUGUUCACAGCAGUGAUCUGUGGCUCUGGCUUCGAGAGCUAGUGCUGAAAAUCAUUGACUCUCAAGCAAGAGAAAUUGAUGUACAUUGCCUGGUGGUUGUGAUCACCUGAUAUUAAUACGUAACAUGCACACAUGCUGCAGCAAUAAGGGAAUGCUGGGCUCACCACCACCAAAGAGUUAAAUCUAAGGAAAGGAUCAGCCACUGCAGAGCUCUUAUAGGUAGUAUGUAUUGUUAAAGAAGUUGGGUAACAUUUCCCCAGUGAGUUGGAUGCUUCUGUUAUUUGGCAACAAGCUAUCAUCUGUGAGAUCUAAGUUUUGCUUGGGCAGGCGUGGCUAGUUAUAUUUUUCUAGCAGUUUAUAACCAUGUAAUCCAUAGAAGAAUCAUAAAAGUGCAGAUGGUAAAACAGAUAUUUACAACUGAGAUGGCUAAAGAAGUUAAGUAUAAAGAUCCCAGGCUCUUUACAUGGCAGACGGUCUAAUGAAUUAGCAAAAAACGUUAUCUUCCAUACUUGCUUUUUAGCAUUCCCACAAAGCACCGAUCUUUAAAGAAAUCUCUGCUUCUUACUUAGGAAUCCAAUCAGACUGUUGAGUUUGGCAAUGGUCUAUUAUGCAUCCCCUCUCUCCAAAUGCCACUUGACUUUAUAACCAGCAAAGAAAUAGCCCUCCACCUUGGACUGUGUCAUCUCUCUUCCCCCCUCCCCCCCCCACACCUUUGUUCAUCCUUCCUUCUUGGCUAGGUUAAAACUUCCAAGUUCACUGCUUGGAGAUAGCAGAUCACUGUAAGUCUUAUCCUUUGCAAUAGCUCAUCAGGUUAUUUUGUGGCAAACUUUCCAGGAAAAAAAAAAUGAAGAUGUAAUUUGGAGUCAGACUUCCUUCAAAAGCUCUUUAAUCAUCAGAUAUUUAUUCCCUCCACUACAGUUUUACACCAGUAUUUUUCUGCUUUUCUUGAUUAUUUUUGUCCUUCAUUAGACAUUUUGUAGCAUGGCAACGUUGGCUAGGAACGCUGCACCCGUCUUCGGCAUUUUGGGCUUCAUCCAGCAUCUCGUGGUCAGAUUCUUCUUUGAAGGAAAAUGCAAUAAGAACCAAUCUUAUUUUUUAAUCCUGUGUUUUAUACAGGGACUAAGGCAGGUUCAGCCAGUCUAACUGCUUGAUUGUCCAAAUAUUACUUGCCCAGUAAUGUCUUAAAUGAGUGGAAUGGUCUGUUCUAUUAUGUCUGAAUGGGGACGGAGAAAAAUUGUAAGAAGUUUUUAAAUUCUAUCCUUAUGAGUACUUCUAAAAUAACUUCUCUGGGAGAGGCAACUUCUAGUUUCAGCAGAAAUCUCUGCACAGUUUGAGUUGUUCAGUUUUAGGAUGAGAUAAAUUAAAGCAGAUUAGAUUUCUAAAAGGGGAAGAUGAGAAACUUUUAUUAAUGAAUGGGAUUAGUUAACAUGAGCUGCUCUGGGAUAUCCCAGUUUGACUAAAAUGGUGUUUAAUCCACUCUUGUAUUUUUCAAACCUCUAUUUUAUUUUAUUUUUAAAUGUUUUAAUGGUACUGCUCAGGGAUAGAAUCAUAUUGGAAAACCCAUUAUCCUUGUGAACAGAUAAACUGCUGACUUCACUGUGUGAUCUGCAGGGAGAAGUUAUGCUUUCUAUCUUGAUUUUUUUUUUUCUGGUUAAAUGCUUCACAAUUACACAGUAUGUUGCAAUAUGCCUUCUUGACAGGCUACUAUUAUUCUGACUACCUUGGUCCUCAUCCAGUGAAAUCUCUGACAAAUACCUCUCUUUAGAACCUGAAUUACACUCUUAAAUAUCUGCAAAUCACAGAUUCCUAAGAGCAGCAUUAGUGUAAAUAGAUGCACUCCAGUUACACAGUAUGCCUAGAAUAUCUUCCCUUCUGCUUCCAGGAAUAGUGAAGUGUAUCAAUCUAUUUCCAGACAGGGUGACACCGAAUUUUUUACAGAGGUCUAGAGGAAAUGUAUUAGUUGUGCCUCUCACUGUAUACUUGCUGGUAAGAAACAUGUUGAGGGGCUGGGGGCAAAGUUGCCUCCUUUCUAUGUAUGACCAGCUGCAAUUCUGGAUGGCAUUUCAACAGUAUGCUGCUACUUUGGUUAUUAUAAUUCAUACAAACUGCAGGGAAUUAUUAAAACACUGUAUAUCAUUAUUCCUGUGUUUAUACAAAAACUCUGCAUCUGUAGGGGAAAGUGGAAGAAAAGCACACUUUGUUUGGACAGCCUAUUAUCAAUAUGUAUGGGGAUUGGGUGGGGGGAGAUCCAUUCAGAAGCAACUAAUUUGUACAUUUGACUUUCCCAUAAUAAAGAGAUGGCUAAACUCCAA